AUGAAACGAAGAAUCACAUUUAUUCAGCGCCCCGAUGCGCCUUUCGAGGCUGAUCAGGCGGUCUUGACCUCCAAGUCUCUCACGAUCCGCAAUCUGGACGCCGCCCGCGAAGACCGCUUCACGUUUGGCCUCGACGACCUUCCACAGGAGCUCUGCGACGUUCUUCAGCAGUCGCAUGAACUCCAUUUGCGGUGGACGACCGAGCGGUCCUACGACGCCGUCGCGCCCUUUGCCAGUCGAGUCUCGCCCGGCCUACACAUACACUAUACCCCUCUAGCGGCUGAACAGUCUUCAGAGGCGCUAUGCUCACUGCUCCGCAGCGUAUUUGGGACAAGCGAGGGGCAUGAGUACGGAGUGGACUGCUCGAAACCAGAGGACACAUUCAUCACACCCCCAAUCCUAUCCACCAGAUUCGCCGCGUCGGCCUCUCUUCAGUUUUAUACCCAGCUUCCCUCCCUAGAGCCUCUCGUCAAUUACAUUAAGAACUUUGCUUGCGACCAACGCGAGGUUGGCAGUGCCGAUUGUAAUGAGCGUGCGGACUCCCUGCUCACGGCCGACACGGUCGAUGUCGACUAUGAUAGCAUUUCGCACGCCCUGACUGUGUCGACUUUGUGGGGCAGUGCACCCAGUGGAGGCUGGACAGAAGAUAUCCAAAAGCCAUCAUCCAGCGCGCAUCAGGUCGAGUUUGGGCUUUUGGGCGCCGAGCCAGGCCUCGAGCCGCAGGAGAUCAAGAUGGGCGGGCUACUGGCUGUAGUUGGACAGGAUAAGAAGAUGAAACCCACCAUGUUCUCCUUCCCCUCGCGACACCAUCCGCUUCCGAGGGAAGCAAGAUAUACCGUUUCGUUCUCUACUCCGACAGGUCUUCACCCGACAAUGGCCAUCUCUGUGUCCAAAGCCGCGCUAGAGCGACCCCCAGCACCCACCGACGCGACCUGCGCACUACACACUUACCUCACGCUCCCAUCGGCUGUCUUUGGAGACCAGUACCAGCUCGGAACCACCGAUCCGCUCUUCCUGGAAUCACAUAAUCUCGUCGCGCUGCGAGCCGUCUCUGGUGAAACAGAUCUCGAAGCUCCAGACUGGGCCGUUGAACGCUGGGGCUCGACCUGGCUUUUCGAGCUUGCUACUCCUUCCCCAGGCCCGGCCCAAUCUAACUUCACAGCUUCUAUUCCUCUGCACUUACGUUAUCUCGAACCUUCUGAAACGGGAUAUCAGACUUUGAAUGUGCCCUGGCCGGUCGUCUUCUGGGCUUGCACUGCUGAAGAUGGGACUAAGAUGGGUGUCAACCCAUUUGACCGCACGAAUCUGGGCUGGGACGGUCUGUUCGGUCCGCGCACUAUGUUCUACCAACUGCAUCCUGAUUCUGAACAUCUCAUUCAGUCAGUGGACGCACCAGUUCUCAAGCUUACAGGCGAGGGUAUGUUCAAGGCAAAGAACAUUGAAUUGGGAACCUGCCUUGCUAUUGUGCUCGGUUUCCUUUGGGUGCUGUGGCGCCUUGUCCGCGUUGCUUGGUCCUCUGGUAUCGGCUCGGAAAGCAGACCGCGCAGGUCUAGCAGACAUCCUAAGAAAGAUUGA